UGUAAGGGACCCAAGAACAUGCAGCGGUGGGAUUCCGGUAAGAAGGCGCAUGAUGAUUGGUAACCACAGCGCCCAGCAAGCGGCUUUAUGGAAGGGGUAUGUGUCGGAAGUGUACUGACCACCAGAUGGAAAAUAAGGACGAUGCAGAGCAAUGCGGUAGCGGCAUCCAUCAUCGAAAAAAGAAAGAAGCUCUCAGCGCAAGUUCCAGAAACAAAUACAGUGCAUGUAAACGGGGAUGGUAAAGAGCUAACAACACCGGAAUGGAUGCCAACGGCAUGUAUUUCCAGUCUCCUCUAGACAAACCGAAGCCUCGAAGGAAGACGUUCCCUCUCGACUAAUGUACUUCUGCCACAGAGUCCGAACUCCGCUUGUUUUUCAAGCUCACGUUGGGACUUUGGCCUGCCACCUCGCUGUCGCCGCUUCUGUCAACGUCCGCUAUCCACCACCAUAUGGCCGGAACAAGUUGCCUACCAGUUUGACACCCUUCCACCCACGCAACUAUUUUGGUCCCUAUACAAGCUUCUCAACACGGUGUACGAGGGCACAUGUAUGAUAGAGUAUGCUAGUAGCAGCACAAAUUGGAUCAAUCUGUACGGGGUGAACGUGUCUGUGAGGAGGCUCUCCCAGCCACCAACUAAUUGAUUGGUUGGUGUUCCUAUCAUUCUUAACGAGUCCUGUCGCCUCAAAA